UUUCAGGAUUUUUGUCGGCAAAAGGGUGGUAGGCCAGACCCUCGCCCUUUAACAAGCAGAAUUACAACCUGGCAAUUGUAUCCGCACCCGGAGAGCUGCUCGCCUUUUCAAUGGAAGUUUUCUUUUCUGGUCACUACUUAUGCAAAAAGAGAAAUAUAACCGUAAAAGACUGCUGUAGCUCUAAGUCGAUCGCUGGACUACAGUGCUACAGGAGCGGCUAGUUCCAGGCAAAGCACAGACUCAAAGGGGGAUCAGUUUGUAGUUCGUAGACUGGAUUCAUCACGCCCACUUCAGUACGACGACCCAGGACGGUAUCAGCGGAUGGCGCACUGAUGUCUGGCGGAAGAUGGAAUCAACUGAACAGCUAGACAUGGAGGUGAUGACACCUCUUAUUGAAGAAGCAGGGCACUGUCCAGAUGACUUUUCAGAGGAUGAUCAUGAUAUUGAAUUGGUUCCAGUUCAAAGACAUUAUGAACUGGGAAAUCAUGAUGGCAUUACGUUUUCACAAACCCUCAUCCAUCUCUUGAAGGGGAACAUUGGAACUGGCCUGCUUGGCCUUCCUUUGGCAGUGAAGAAUGCUGGGAUUAUUGUUGGGCCCAUAAGCCUGGUUGUGAUGGGAGUGGUGUGUGUUCACUGCAUGCACAUCCUGGUCCACUGCAGUCAUCACUUAUCUGAAAGGUUGAAACGGCCCCCAAUGGGCUACAGUGACACGGUGGCCAUCGCCAUGGAGCAGAGCUCACUUAAGUGCAUCAAAAGGGGGGCAGAUUUUGGGAGGCACCUGGUCAGCUUCUUCCUGGUUUUGACGCAGCUGGGCUUCUGCAGUGUGUACUUUGUGUUCUUGGCGGAGAAUAUUAAGCAGGUGGUUGAAGGGUACUGGGGAAACAACACGGAUCAUCCACUCUCUUUUGCCAACAUCACCGUGGAGACGGGCGUGAGAACACCCGUGGAACCCUGGGGCCUGGAUCUACGCUUGUACAUGGUCUUCUUCCUUCCUUUCCUCAUCCUUCUCGUCUUCAUGAAAGACCUUAAGAACAUGGCUGUGCUGUCCUUCCUGGCCAACAUCGCCAUGGCUGUUAGCCUGGUCAUCAUCUUCAAGUAUAUCUUAACUGAUGUGGGGGACCCAAAAAGACUGCCGUAUGCCUCCAGCUGGAAGAAGUUCCCCUUUUUCUUCGGCACAGCGAUAUUCGCCUUUGAAGGAAUAGGGGUGGUUCUCCCACUGGAAAACCAGAUGAAGGAACCAAAACGAUUUCCUCAGGCUCUUAACAUUGGCAUGGGCACUGUCAUCGUCCUCUAUGUUGCCCUGGCGACACUGGGGUACCUGCACUUUGGGAACGACAUUAAAGGAAGCAUAACCCUCAACCUUCCGCACAACGCGUGGACCAACCAGAUGGUGAAGAUCCUGUACUCCUUCGGCGUUUUCGUCAGCUUUGCCAUCCAGUUCUUCGUUCCGGCGGAGAUCCUCCUGCCCCCCCUCAGGUCUCGACUGCGAGAGAGCUGGAGGGGGCCCUGUGAGCUGGCUGCCCGGUCCCUCCUGGUCUGCCUUACCUGUUCCAUGGCAGUUCUGAUCCCACGGCUUGACCUGGUCAUCUCUUUUGUGGGAGCAGUCAGCAGCAGUGCCCUAGCCCUGAUCUUUCCCCCACUGGUGGAGCUCGUCACUUUUUCAGACAGGAAGCUCAGGCCGGGCAUGCUCCUGAAGGACAUGCUCAUCGCCGUGUUUGGAUUUGUGGGAUUCCUGGCAGGUACAUAUGUGACCGUGGAGGAGAUAGUGUACCCAGAAGCAGAGUCCCUGAUUCAGGAUGCACAGAUAUUUGGGGAUCUCUUCAAUGCCUCUGUUAGCCAGAAAUUUACCACAUCCAGUCCAUUGACAUCCAUGUAACAUAGCAGGUGGGGAUUCGAAGGUCCUUCCUGACGUCCACUUUUCCUCGUGGUCCUGUGUAUGGGAUCUUGGGCCUGCCUGGCCUGCACCCCCAAAAUUUUGUGAACACACCAAAUGUAUAAACUCAUUGAGUAUUUUUGUUUUUCUCACACUGAAACAAAGCUUUUUGAACCGGUACGCAUAGGAUCAGAAAUCUUCGAAAAGCAUUCCACUGCUCCGCAAUAGCUUCAGCCCUGUCUCACAUCAGGAUGUGAUAUUUUCAAAGCUUUUUCUGUAUUAAGAAAGACAAAUUGCAAAAGCACAGAAUUGCAAAGGAAUGGCUGAGGCAGAAGGAGGAGGAUGGAGGUCCCUAGGUGGAGUUUUUCCUGCUUAUUGUAUUGGUGGUGAAUCUAUAGUCCCUGAAAUUGCUUCACCCUGUGAGGCUGGGUUUCUCCAAGUCUACAAUGCUGAGCAGCCAGCACCAUUUCAUCUCCCCUCUGCUGCUGUGAGUGGACAGAGAGUGACUGCAGUAUCUGAGGACCAGUCAAUCUCAAGAUACCACAGCCUGACCCAGAGAGCUCUAUAGAGAUAUAAUAAAGGGUUUCCCAACACCGCAAGCUCCAUGACAGCUCCUACAGUGGUUAAAUUGGAAGCCUCUUCCUUGGGAGAGGCGGAGAGCGGAGAGGAAGGUUUGAAAUUGCUAAACCUAAGCCACCCUGCACUAGUGUGUGUGAUGGUCACCAGAGAAUGUUCAUCCCACAAUAGUGCCCCCAAUAUCAUCACUCUUUGAUGUUCGAGUCAUCAAAGUCAGAGAUGUAUGCUGACAUUCUCUUGAAGUUCACAAUACUACUCAAGUACUCAACACAAAUGGCACAAUGGCAGCAUUUACCUGCAGUUGGGUGUAUUGGCACACUGCCACACAGACAUUAGCAUGACAAAGACAAGAUGACAAGGACCAGAAUAACAGAGGGACCAGUGUAGGUAGGGAUGAGACUUGGGUCUAUGUCUCAGUGUUGUAAAAUUUCACCUGUGUCUUCAAAUGUUUUGCAUUUUGGGUACAAAAUUUAAGUAGCUGAGCAUGUGAAAAACCCACCCCCCAACCCCCAUUUCAAACUUAUUAUUCCUAUUAUUAUGUUACCUGUAUUUAUUUUUCAGUCUAUAGUUGAAACCAGGAGUGUCAAAGCACAUUGUGUACUAUUGUAGUGUAUGGUUGUUCAGUGCUUCACAAUGUCCAUCGUGGCACAUUGCUAUGAGAUGUUUGAAGAAAAAAGACAGUACUACUGUCUAUAUGAUCCUGCUGAAUUAAUCUGUUGUGUCCAUCAAUCUAUUAUGUCUAAUGGGGGCUAAUUUGCAGUGAGUGUUUUUGUAGGGAGAAGAAUGCCUAAUUGAAUCCCACCAAGGGAGGUUUUACACGAAAAAGGACCAGAUUUGAUAGCCAUGCCCAUUCCAGAGCAGAACAUUGCUCACAAUUUAAUUCCUUUUUUCAUUAUUAAAAUUUCAUUUCAUUAUUAAAAAUCAAGAACUGCUGUUUUUUAUCUUUUAUAUAAUUCAUAUCCUGUUUUCAGUAGAUCAGUUUCAUAGAUAUAUAUCCUUACCAUUGAUAAGUAAGGUUACUACAACAGACAUGCAGAAUUUAUAUAGAAUUUCAUGCUUGUGAUUGAACACUAAAACAAUGCAUUUUAACAUUAACAUUAAGAUCUGUAAGAACAGAUAUAUGCUGUGGUAAUAGGUUAUGUGGUAAUAGAAUGUGUUUUUUCAGCCCAUAAACAAAAACUGCUCUUUGCAAUUUAAUUUAAGUAUUCGUAAAGGAGGAGGUGGCAUUACUAAGUCACGAUUCUUUGCUAUAAUGGUUGACAUUUUCACACAACCUUAAGAAACCUGCUAAAUCAUCCAAGGGCUUAUAACAUUUCUAUGAUCAUUGUAUUGUAACUCACAAUACAAUAUAGUGCACUAGUAUUGAUUAGCAAUGGUGUUAAAUGGUUAUCUAUACUUGCUUAUACAGUACAUGUAAAUAUUAAAACACUUUUUUAACCUGUUUGGAACACUGAUUAUAUAUUGUUUCAGUCACUUGGUUUGAGGCAGGUUCAAUGGAAUGUUUGAAAAUGAUUUGCUUCAGUUGUGCCUAAUUUCAUGUGGAGGAUUGUCUUCAUUUUAGAAGGACUGUUUACUGACUGUCUGACAAGGAAAUGGUGGAAAAAACAUGGACUAGCAUCUCAUUGACAAAGUGACAGGUGAAAUUGUCGUAUCUUAAACAUUACUUUUAAAAAUCAUUAAAUAUAAGUAUAAGCUUUCAUACAUUAAUAUGCAAAGCCUCUAGCUUGCUCUGUUAUUACCAUCAGAAGCCCAUUGAGUGGGAUGGUACUAAUGAUACUAAUGGUGAAGGUACAAUUGGAUGGAGCUAUCGUGUUACCAGAAAAACACUGAUUUGAAGCGGUGUAUUUUUUGUGGAGAGCAAAGUCUCUUGGUUUGCACAAGUAACUGACAGCAUUAUACCUCCACAACUAUUUUUCAUGACACUUCGCUCCUCAGUCAUUAGUACAGGCUAUAGAAAUCCUCUUCAUCCUUCAUAAUAUGCCUGGUCCUGGCCUGGGUCAAAUACAGUAGAACCUCACAAAUAUGAACCUCAGUUACAUACUGGCUAACCAAUGUAUGAAACUGGAUGUAGCACAAGCAGAUGUACCUUUUUAUGGCCCUUAUAAUAAGACAUCUUUUCAUUUUUAUAUGGCUGAUGCAAAAAGGGAGCAUUAAACAGAAAUAAGUGAUAAUUUCCAUUGAUAAAAAAUCUAAAUACACCUCUUACUCUAAAACUGGCAUUUAUAAAUAGUACUGGAAGGAGACUGAGUUGAGUUGGAUGGUCAGAAGCCACAUGUGCAUCCAUAGAUUGACAUUAUCUCACUGAUUCCUUGUCAUUUAUGUCACAGCUAGAACCUUCACUGUGCUCUGAACUCGCUGUGGGUAUGUCUCUAGAAAUUUUUUUGGUCAUUAGAUUUCCAUUUUUCCCUAAUUUACACUUAUGGGCCACAUUCUUAAGCCAACUUAUUACAGUCUGUAAUGAUUUCAUUUCUGAGAAUGCAAGGUGAGUAACUUUUGCUAGCAGUUGUUAACUAUGCACAGGCUAUCGUUAUGUACCGUCUUAUUCUGUUUCUUUCAGAAAGCCUACAUAGAAAAAAAUUACCUUCUAGUGAGAUCCAGCGUCUUUUAUUCUUGGUUAUUCGUUUCUAAAAUAAUUUAUAGCUAGAAAAUGAAACCCAAAAAAAAAACGAAUUUGUUUAUUUUGAUUUCGCUUUCAAAGUUAUUUCAACAUUGCAAAUGACCCCAAAACAUCCAUUCCCAAAGCUUUGCGUUUCUAUUGUACUUUAUAAUACUUUAACUCAACUCAUUAAACACUAGUACAUUUAUUCAGAUUCCUUACCAUUUUGAACAAAAUGGCAAAAACAAAAAACUCCUUUCAUGUGUUUUGGCAAUUGCCAUGUUUCAUUGGAAAUUCUAAGGAAUCUACAGGACCAUUUCUCACUCCAUUGUGUUCUGUGUAUUAUGAAUGUUAUUUUGUAGAGUACAACUUGAACAUUCACAAAGGCACAUUCAUAUUUAAGACUCUGACUGUGAGAGAUAUGGGUGUUCACAUCUACUGCACAGGUUUGAUUUGUCUCCUGUGUGGUACAGUAGAUGUCACAGGUAAUUGAGCUGAAAUGUGGGAGUUUAUUAUAAAUGUAAUAAGAAUUCAUCCAUUGUAAUAAAUGUAUUUUUAAUUUAAUAAAUGUGAGUCUAUCCCAGAA